CGGCGCCCCCGCCCAGGCCCUGCCGGCAGGCACGAGGGGCGGGGUGCGCGGCCCGAGGUGAGGGACCGCGGGCCGGAGGGGAUCCGGCGAGUCCGCCGCCGCGGAGGGACCAGCGCGGGUCUCGCCGCUGCCGCCGUCCCCACCAUCCCUGACCGCGCCUGCCCGGGCUCCGCGCCAGGAGGGGCGGCCAAGCUCAGCCCCGGCACCGCGAGAUCGGGGACCCCGACGGCGCCCAGCCCGGCGAAGGGCCUCAGGGGGAGGACAAGGAGGAAAGGCGGCGUCGCCGGGGACCCGGCCAUGGCGCUGGACUUCUUGGCUGGAUGCGCGGGGGCCACCCAGACCAGUCAGCUGUGGAGAGCAGCAGCCUGCAGAUGGGACACCAGCGCUGAGUGGGACAGAUGCUGGCUUGGCCUUGGGAUGUCACAUGCAUACCACACUGGACGUGAGGAUUCCAGGGGCUCAUGGGAUCUGCCUGCUGCACCCGCAGGUGUGGCCGGUGUGCUUGUGGGACACCCGUUUGACACGGUCAAGGUGCGGCUUCAGGUCCAGGGCGUGGAGAAGCCUCAGUACCGCGGGACGUUGCACUGCUUCAAGUCCAUCAUCAAGCAAGAGAGCGUGCUGGGCCUGUACAAGGGCCUGGGCUCGCCCCUCAUGGGGCUCACCUUCAUCAACGCGCUGGUGUUCGGGGUGCAGGGCAACACCCUCCGGGCCCUGGGCCACGACUCGCCGCUCAACCAGUUCCUGGCAGGUGCGGCGGCGGGUGCCAUCCAGUGCGUCAUCUGCUGCCCCAUGGAGCUGGCCAAGACGCGGCUGCAGCUGCAGGACGCAGGCCCAGCGCGCACCUACAAGGGCUCGCUGGACUGCCUCGCGCAGAUCUACGGGCACGAGGGUCUGCGUGGCGUCAACCGGGGCAUGGUGUCCACGCUGCUGCGUGAGACGCCCAGCUUCGGCGUCUACUUCCUCACCUAUGACGCUCUCACGCGGGCGCUGGGCUGCGAGCCGGGCGACCGCCUGCUGGUGCCCAAGCUGCUGUUGGCGGGCGGUACGUCGGGCAUCGUGUCCUGGCUCUCCACCUACCCUGUGGACGUGGUCAAGUCGCGGCUGCAGGCGGACGGACUGCGGGGCGCCCCGCGCUACCGCGGCAUCCUUGACUGCGUGCACCAGAGCUACCGCGCCGAGGGCUGGCGCGUCUUCACGCGGGGGCUGGCGUCCACGCUGCUGCGCGCCUUCCCCGUCAACGCUGCCACCUUCGCCACCGUCACCGUGGUGCUCACCUAUGCGCGCGGCGAGGAGGCCGGGCCCGAGGGCGAGGCUGUGCCCGCCGCCCCUGCGGGGCCUGCCCUGGCGCAGCCCUCCAGCCUGUGACGCUCACCCCGCCCUCCUUCCCCAGGGCUCCUUUUCAGAAACCAGGGACAUAAAUUGGCCCCUGAGUCGAUUGCCCUGCUUCCUGCUCGGAUGCUGGGGGCUGUGGAGUCUAUCAGACCUGGGCUGAAUUCUGAUGAUCAGCUGGGUAGUUUUGGCCGAGAACUUCACUUGCCUCAGUAUUCUCAUCUAUGAAAUAAGGACCCUCAUACCCACAUUGUAGAGUCACGAAGGUCAGAGAUUAUUCCCAGCGGCAGCCAGCACCUGGCCUGGCUGAGGCCAUUGCACCAUUAUCCUGGAGACUGAGGCAGACACUCCUGCCCCUUUCUGGGAUCCUGGCCACGCCAUUGUGCUCCUGCCCUGCAGACUGGCUCCCGGGGGUCUCUGAUGGCCAACCAAGGGGCCACCCAGGGACCUGCUAGCUCCACACAUCCUCCACCCAGGAGGGUGGUGGGCCACCCCUCUGGUCUGUGUUAGGGACAGAGGAAAACUUGGUGCGCCUCCUGGUGUCACAGAACUGGAUCCUCUGCAUACCCCAGCUUCUCCACAUGCCACUGCUAGGGGUAUCCCAGCUGCUGCCACUCCUGCUGGAGGAUGAACUGGGGACCCUGCACCCUCUGGGAAGCCAUGGAUUCUGCUGGAGGCACCAUAUCAGCCUACAGGACUAGGGUGGGGAGCAAACAGGCCAGCGGUGGAGGUCUCCACAGUUCAAGUGUGAUGCAGCUGUGGCAAGGAGAAAUCCUUCCGCCUCUGGGCCUUGGGCUGCCUGUCCAUAAAAUGGGGACAUGGCCAGCUGAUGGACAACUGAGUCUCCGGCCCACCUACCACCGCCAGCCAGGAUCCCCCAAGGUGUGCAGAGGGCUCAGCAGAGAACAGUAUGGGACCCCCCUCACCAGGGUGGGAACACCUCCAGCCACAAAGAAGCCAAAGGUCAGUCCCUCUGCUCACCAGCAAACGGUGCCUCCUAGGCAUUCUCAGUGCCAGGGCUUCAUCCCUGUGAAGGCACAGGGCCCGCUAGUGGGCACAGGGGUGGCUAGUUGGGGCCUGGGGCAGAAGAGGGCUGCACCAGGUGUCCUGGGGAAUAUGCUCAAGUGAAGACGACACUGGGCUUUGCACAGCCUGGCGUCGCUGUACAGAAACUGUCAAGGGAAUAAAGUGUUCUUUGUUUUUUAA